UGUGCAAUAUUUGUCAAUAAAGUUUUUGUAAAAGACGAAUUGGAGUCCCUUUUCUUUUCACGAGUUUCAAAUGUUUUAACUUUGUCGAUUCAAGGAGGCGAGGAAAAGUUAAAAAUGGAAAGUCAUACGAGCAAUUUGAAAGAUUGGCUUUUCAUGGAAGCCAAAAUCGCCGCAGCAGUGGCCAUCAUAAAAUCAAAGCCCCCUGGGAUGAGCGGCAGGGCGCAUGCGCAGGCUCUAGCCAUCAGGCUGAGGAGGCAGGAAGAAAGCUGGAGGGACAGGGCCCAGAGCCUGGAACGAGAGCUGCUGAGGCUGAGACAGGACAGUCUGAUCAGGAGGAUGACGUCAAACACAACUAGCAGCAGCAGCAGCUGCAUAGAGGCAGCAGAUGCCAGCAGAGUGGACGACACGUCGCAGGAUCUGUUUAGUCCAGGAAGUGCCGUGGGCGGUGCAGAUCUUCAACCAAACCGCAUCAGCUUUGAACCCCUCACGCAGGACCCCAAACUCAACAUUCCUACCCCUCAGCUGCUUCCCUUCUGCCAAACAAACGACUCGCAUCUGCGGUUCCUCAGGUCGCUGUGUGGUCUGCAACAGCUAAAAGGCAACAGCCGAGGUCAGGAGGCUCUGUGGUUCGGCCAUGACGGGGAGAUGUGCUCGGUGUUUGCCGACACCAUGUGUCAGCUUCUGGACUCCGUGGUGGCAGCCUGCAGACCCCCCGCCACCGUGGGACCCACUGACCUUGUGUUGCAGGCCUGCCAGGUGGCAGCCCAAGCGUUGGACCUUUUCUGUUCACAAAGGAUGCCAUCUGUGGAGCUCCUAAGUCGCAUGGAGGAGCCACUGAGGGAGCUGACUCAGAUGCUGCUUCACAGCAAACAGCCCAGCAGACUGCAGGAUGCAGAGAGGCUGAUGGAGUACCUGAUGGUGCUGGGGAGCAGCAGCUUAUCACAGUCCUUUCUCAUCCGUCACAUUCUUUCAGAGAUCAUCACUCUGGCUGAUCGGCUCUGGCAGGCCGCCCAGGUGCAGGAAUGCUCAGAGCCUGACAACUUUCCUCUGGACAGUUACCUGAACUCGUGUCAGCUCUUCUGGAUGGUGGAGAAUCUUCUGCAGAGGUCCAGGGCAGAAGGACGGCGGGUGGAGGCUGGGUCCAAUCUGACAAGCCUCUUGGGUCAGUUGGAACAGCGUGUCUUUCUUCUGUCAGACGAAUUUCCUUUGUUUUCUAUCUACGUGUACAGGAUAAAGGACUUCUUCACACUUGAAAAAGAUCUCGAGUGACAUUUCAAGAUCAACAGACAAGUGAAAGUAUUCUCCUAAUACCAGGAUAUCGGUAUUUAAACCUGAUAUGUGGCCAAAAAUAAAUCCACCAAGACUUGAGCCAGCAGCAAGUGAAUGUGCCCAAAGCUUGUUUCAGAUUGGCGGUCCCUCGGUGCCACAGAGCUCCCUUGCUGUCCAGAAGCCAUUAAAAACACAUCAGUGAGUCGCGCUGUUGCUCCGGCUGCCAUGUUGCUUCAUUAACAUGAGCGCACUGUUUUGAUUUGGUACUGUGUCAACUAUCCUUUCGCCAAGAACACUAAUAAGAACAACCAAAUGUGGAUGGAUGUGCUGCUGGUCGCUUUCAAAACUCAUGUGUCCUACAGCUGAGUUAUAAAACUUUGUAAAUAAGUUUACAGCUACAUCUGUAUGUUUUUGUUUGGCAACAAAGACUAAAAUUGAUUUAUUUCCAUAAAAAAAUGGCUUAAAUGUUUUAAAGCUUGUACUGUUAUAAAAAAAUUCAAA